UGCCUCCGAGCAGAGGCCGUCCCCGCCGCUCAGCCCGGCUGCUGGGGCACGCGGUGUGGGGAUCCCGGCCCACAGCCGCCUCUUUCCGGAGCUGCCGGUGCCCUGCGAAGCUGUCAGGAUGUAACUUGGUGCUGCAUCGGAGCCUCUCUGCUUCAUUACGUAACGCCGCUGCUGCCUGGCACGGAGCUCGCCUCCACGUCCUGCACAACUUCGGGGCACCGGGGAAUUGAUGGGCGCUUUUCGGGACCGACUGCCGUUUGUUAUCAGCUGACGAUGCGGGGAUCUCAGCUGCGUGCAGUGGAGCUGCGUGCUAAAGCUGCGUGCAGUGGAGCAGGGCAUCUCCUGCAUCCUGGGUGCCCCUUGGGUUGGGGCACUGCUCUGCCACACGCCAGCACAGCCGUGGGGCUGCCUGUGUCAGCACAGGAGUGAGCUGCCAGGCUGAAUCCAACCCCAUUUCCCAGCCUUUUCCUGGGGAGUCGGGAUGGGUGCUAGGUGCUCUUGGUCUCUCAUUGUCUUGAUGGCUGCCCCAUGUGAAGUUCUGCCUGCAGCCCUGGGCCGAUAGAGAGGCUGUGCCUAUGGUGGAGGCUCCCAAGGCUGUCAGACCCCUCUAGGCAGCCUCAGAAGGUCCCUAAUGCCAGUCUCCCUGCUUUGUUCCGGAGCUGGAUUGCUGCUUUGAAUGCCAGUGGCACUAUGGGGUCGUGCCACGCUGGGGAACACCCCUGGCAUUGGCCCAUGGUGUUGCUUGGGAAGGAGGGGUGUGCUGGAGAACCUGGAGGGACUCCAGCCACCGGGGAUGGAGGGAAGCUGCCUUGAAAUUUCCAGGCAGCUCCAACGUGCCACGUGGACUGCAGGACCCAGGCAGAGGGUGUGGGGAGGUGUGCAUGUCUCUCCCAUCUGAGCAGAGCUGCCCCUGCCUUUGGGCUGCAGCUGCAGGAAGGCCCCUGCCACUGCUCCACCAGCUGAACCGCGUCCCCCUUGCCAUCUGUGGGGAAAUGUGCAUAGAUUAAGGAGCUGCAGGACCUCAGCAGAGAAAGAAGGGAAAGGCUGGAGAUCUUUCUUGCCUGAUAAACCCACCCUGCACCUUCAGGUCGGUGCUCCUACAAAGAGACAGAGAAGUGGUGGGGAUGGAAUUUGGACUGGGCACAGGCAUCCCAUGCAUAACUGCAGGGAGCAGGAGUGUCACCUCAUCCCACUCCUGCCCUAAAAGCUCCACCAGCCUGGAGCCUUGCUGGCAUCUCUGCUUUGUUCUGCACCUUAGUGAAGCCUGCAGGGAUGGGAUGUUACGCUGCAAUGGGUGCGAGCCCAUGGGGCUGUCAUAGGGAGCCUGUGGAGGGUGCUGGCUUCAGUGCUGAUUGCAACCCCACUGUCUGCAGGGACAGAGUCCUUUAGAAGGAGAGUUGUUUCAGAGCAUUUAGAUCAAGAUGAUAAAUUGAUGAGUAGUGAGAUAGGGCUGUUAAGAGCUUGGCCCGUGGCUGUCUUAUCAGCUGGAUUUCAGGCACGAUAAGGGACUGACAGAGAGGAGAAAUUUGGAGGAAGAGCAAAGGAGGAGGUGGGGCAGUGGGAGCGAGGUGGGGGGAUGGCUCUGCUGCUUCCCUUGUGGCUGGCAUUGAAAUCCCUAUGGGCGAUGCUGCUGGGAGUGAGUGUGGACUUCUUGUGGAACCACUCCAGGCUGCAGGGCCACUGUCCUCUGCCAGCACCCCCAUAACACCUCUGGGUUUGUCUCUUCAAAGCCCCCCAGCACUGCAUUUCAGGAUGAGGUGGGCACGGUGCUGCUGACCCCCGACUCCCGGGAACAUGCCGAGCUGGGCCCGGCCGCGGCCCCGCACCCCCAUGGCAGUGCUGCAUGGAGUGGGUGCCCCUUCAGAGCACCAGGACUGAGCUCCGGGCCCCCCUUGCACCCUCCACCACCCCACCAUGCCUCUGGUGUGGCUGCCGGACUGGAGCUGCUCCCUGGAUGGGCUGCGGGAUUUCAUCGCCGCCGGCAUCCAGUCGUUCCGGGACUGCGACGGCGGCGCGCUGCUGGCCGUGGGCUGCCUGCUGCUGCUCUUUGUCUGGUACUGCUACCACGUGGGCCGCGAGCAGCCCCGCGCCUACCCCCCCGUCAACGCGUUGAUGCAGGGCGCCGAGGCCAACGGCGUGCAGAACGGCUUCGUCUAUUGCCACGCGCCCGAGUGCGCGCGCUGCUCGCCCCACGAUGGCCUCAACCAGAAGCUCUACCACAACCUGCAGGAGUACGCCAAGCGCUACUCGUGGUCCGGCAUGGGCAGGAUCCACAAGGGCAUCCGUGAGCAGGGCCGCUACCUCAACAGCCGGCCCUCCAUCCAGAAGCCGGAGGUGUUCUUCCUGCCCGACCUGCCCACCACCCCCUACUUCUCGCGGGACGCUCAGAAGCACGACGUAGAGGUGCUGGAGCGCAACUUCCAGACCAUCCUGUGUGAGUUUGAGAGCCUCUACAAAGCGUUCUCAAACUGCAGCCUCCCGCAAGGAUGGAAAAUGAACAGCACGCCCAGCGGGGAGUGGUUCACCUUCUACCUGGUGAACCAGGGCAUGUGCGUGCCCAGGAACUGCAGGAGAUGCCCACGGACGUACCGCUUGCUCGGCAGCCUUCGCACCUGCAUUGGCAACAAUGUCUUUGGGAACGCUUGCAUCUCUGUGCUGAGCCCGGGCACCGUCAUCGCCGAGCACUACGGCCCCACCAACAUCCGCAUCCGCUGCCACCUGGGUCUGAAGACCCCCAGUAACUGCGAGCUGGUGGUGGGGGGUGAGCCGCAGUGCUGGGCUGAGGGUCGCUGCCUGCUCUUUGAUGACUCCUUCCUGCACACCGCCUUUCAUGAAGGUCCACCAGAGGAGGGUCCCCGUGUGGUCUUCAUGGUGGACCUGUGGCAUCCCAACGUGGCAGCUGCCGAGCGCCAGGCACUGGAUUUCAUCUUUGCCCCAGGACGCUGAGAUCACUGCUGCGCUGUCAGGGUGAGGGCACCACAGCUCCAGCACCGCCUGUGGACGCUGCCCAGGGCAGAGGCUUCCUCACAGUGCCGGGGUCUCCUCCUGUGGGUCUUGUAAAUGGAACCUUCGACGUGUAUCUGCGGCAUCUCUCUCCUUCCAUCAAGGCUUCAGGGAUUAUUUUCCACCAUGGCGGUGCAUUGCCUUCUCUCCGUGGUUAGAUGCAGUCCCACUCCCAUCCGUGUUAUGUUGCUCGUGUUUUGCAGUGUUCAGAAGUAGAGUUACAAGGGUGUUUGUUUGAAUGUAAUAAUGUAAAGUUUCCUGUGGUCACCAAAAGGACAACGCUCACAUGCCCAAGACAGCAAAGCGGGGCGAAGUGCUGCGCUCAGCCUGCCCCUGCCCAGCCCCCAUGCUGACAGAUGGAUGGACAGACAGAGGGCUGCAGUGGCACCACAAUGGGACAGCACCCCAUGGGAUGGUACCGUGAUGCCCACUGGCUUGGCUUCCCAUUGCCCAGGCAGCACACCCACCCUGCUGAAGGGACGGUGCACGGCCAGCCCUGCUCUGUAACCUCACCUGAGGUGUUACCAAUGCCUAAGUGUCCUCCCUGCUUUACCUGCAACCCAAGUCGAAGCCGGGAUGCCCGCAGGGGCAGGUGGCAGUUCAGAGGGACUCUGGUUUGCCGCAGAGAGGGCAGAGAGGAGUGGCAGCCAGCCCUCCUGCUGCUGCUCAUCCCUAUCCCACAGCCAGGGCUGGGAUGCAGUGCCCACGCAGCUGAGAGCACAGCAAAGGUUUCCAGGCUCAGCAUCACCCUCCUCCCAGCCCUUCCUAGGGACACAACUGCACUCGUGAACGAUUUCUUUACAGAUUUUUCAGAUUGCAAGAUAAGGCAGAGAUUUCAAAUACAUCUGAGAUAUUUUUUACACCUGUCUUGUUACAGAAUAUCUGAAGUGCAUGAUUUCUACACGCAUUGAUUAUUUGGAAAGAGGCUCUGAGGAAGCAGGCUGGCUUGGUAACUGUCCGACAGUUUGGUAACAUUCCUACAGUGGAUAAGUAAAGAUUAUCAAUAAACCGUUGUGCUGAAAA